AUGUGCAAACACAUCCUCAACGCCCAAGUCGCCAUUCGCUCUCCAUGCUGCCGCAAAUGGUUUGACUGCGCAGAAUGCCAUUACGAAACCGAAUCGCAUGCUCUCGCCAAGUCUCCUGAGAUGACAUUCGCCUGCAAAAAAUGCAAGAAAUGCUUCCGCAAAGACGCCGCCGAGUUCGAGGAGAGCGAUGAAUACUGUCCGCACUGUGAUAAUCAUUUCGUGCUGGAGGCUGUGACGCCGAAGCCUGCGUUGCAGGUUGAGGGGGAGGAUGCGAGGAUGGAUAAUAGAAUGCUGAAGGAUGACCGGGUGCAUGUGCCGGAGGAGCGGUCGAUCUUCAAUUUCAAGGAUCUUUCGGAUCGGAUGGGAUAG